CAUACAUAUAGCAGUAAGCAGUGUCUUUGGACAACAAUCAUGUAACGAAUCUUGGCCAAGGAUUUUGUUUGUUUCCCGCGAAAGUUUUUGCAAUGGCGAUCACUGAAGAACCAAUUCUCUCUAGGUUGGACCGUUUAGACAACAUGAUGAGGGAGCUAGCGGAGCUUGGAGGCUGCAACAGGCCUCCAAAGAGCUCAUCUCCAUGCACCCCAUCAAGUGGGACCCUUGCAGGUGAAGGCAAAGUCUCAUUCGUUGAUCUUUCCCCAGAGAGCUUAGAGAAGCACUGCCGUCCGAUCAGCAAUGUCAUGAUGGAGACUGAAGUAAAGGGCACCCUCGUUGAGAGACUUGACCAUUUAGAGGAACGUGUACUGAAGCUUUGUGUGCAGCUAGAGGGUGGAUUAGAGGCUGACAAGCACAGGGAAGAAGGGAGGACAGAGAAAAGGAAGCACAAGAAGGGGUUGAAGGGGCUUGUUGAGAAAAUAGUCAAAGGAAAUAAAAAGCACAGGGACAUGGAGUGAAGCGCAAGCUCUUCUUUUUCUUGUUUCUUUUCAAUUUCAGAGCUUGUUACAGCUUCAAUGUGUUUUCUCUCCUGUACGUGUACGUGAGGUUCUCAGUUUUGAUUGUGAA